ACGUUCCUUUUUCCCUUCUUCUUGCCCCAAUUCGUAGCGGUCAGCAUGAGUGUUUCCAUCGCCGAUCUGUUUGAGGAUUACCUUGAGACGCUACACAAUCUCCCGUCAGAGAUGGAUCAAAACAUGCACGAGUUACGAACGAUGGACGAGGAAUUUCAAAAACUCAGAGAAACUUAUACCAAGCACCGGCGAUCAUAUACCAAACAAACGCGACCAACUGCAAACUCACCCGCAUCGACACCAGUGUCUCCGUCGCCACCGCCAAUCAACCUUGUAGCCUCCAGACUACAAAUUGAAAAGGAGUACAAAGUAGCAAUGCAGAAGCAGGAUAACAAGAUUGACCUGGCCAUGCGAAUGUAUGACUUGAUAUCACGGCACAUCGAGAGAUUGGAUUCUCAGAUAACAAAGAGCGGUGUGUCAGGUGUCGACUGGAUAGGAACAAAGAAAGAAGCACCCUCAAACGACAAGUUGUUUAUGGAUCAUGUGAACGAAAUGAACGCAGGUUUGACUCACAAGAGGCCACAUGGACUUGUGCCUAGCUCAUCACGUAAAAGGACAGCGCAUUCGUCUCGACCUAAUCCUAACCAAGCAGGGUCCGACGGUGUACCCGACCUGGAUAUCGACCCCAAUGAACCCACUUACUGCUACUGUAAUCAAGUUUCAUUUGGAGACAUGGUGGCAUGCGAUAGUGAGAGUUGUGAGCGAGAAUGGUUUCAUUACCAGUGUGUGGGUUUGGUGGAGCCUCCAGCUGGAAAAUGGUAUUGCGAUGAUUGUUUGGAGGAUAUGAAUAUGCGAAAGCGAAUGAGAAGAUCCCCGAGCUCUGUCAGCUUCAACUAAACGAACAUGUAUCUCCCCAUACCUCCGCAUACACCACACCAGCUAAUUAAAUUGAUAAUUGGUUUAUUCUGAAUACGCAUCGUAUUCUUUCUUUUAGCAUUUAAUGGACAUCCGUUCCAUUCAAACCAUUUUCUUUGAUUUAAAGCAUCCUGUAAUAGUUUAACAUCCAACCCCAACCAAUUUUUUUUUAAUGUACACACAUGAUGAACCAAGCUACGCGUUUUUUCUCAAUACAUAAUGAGGUGAACAAUCAAAACAAUAUCACUUGCAAUGCAUUCAUAAAUGG